CGUGCGACAACAAGAUGGCUGCUUCGUAAACUUUUCGAAGCAAAACCAGUGACUGUGGUGACACUUUUAAACGAGAUUUUCGGAAAGUUAUUCCUUUUUAAAAAUGUCGAAGAAGAGAGCAAAGAGUGGUGGGUCUGCAGGCGUAUCCAGAUGGGAUUCAGGAAUUGUUCAAGCGCCCUUUGAAGAGGAAAACUGGAAGGCAAGCAUUACUUUUAUUGUGGGUCAACGUUUGGAAGACUACGAACACACCAAGGUCCUCUGCACCGCUGUACAUUCUGGUCUCCGAAAACUCUUCAGUGUCAUUUCCAAAGACCUUCUCUCUCAAGAGGUUCAAGAGCUAGGCAAUGCCAAGACCAAGAAGCCCAAAGAUGUUCCCGCGUUUUCGGAAAUCUGCGAGGCAGUCAAGCCCCACCUGGACAACAACGAAGACGUGCCGAUGCCUCUGCUGGCCAAGCUGCUGAAAUGGAAGCUGCUGGCCAUCAAGCAGAAGGACAUGAAGAGACGCGAGGAUGAGAGGAAGGCUGCUGAUGGAAAGGACGGCAAAGACAAGAAAGGAGGCAAAGACAAGCGGGCCAGGAGCAAGUCCCCCGUCAAGGGCAAAGGCAAGAACAAGUCGCCCGAGAUCCCCUCGCCCAAGAAGGAGAGCAAGUUGAAGAAGAGAGGCGAGGAAGAGGACAACAACAAAUACAUCGAUGACGAGCCAGAUGAUGGUCCUGAGCACUAUGUCGUCAUUGAGGGGUUUGACCGAGCCCCCCUGCUUGCCCUCCUUUGUGACCUUGGGGUCAAUGUGGACAGCAUCAUCAAGGUGGGGUCGGAGGACUAUGAGAGGUUUGCUCGGCUGAAGGCACAGGAGGAGGAAGAGGAAGAAGAGGAGAAGCCGCCCGAAGUGGUUGAGGCUGAGAGGGUCAAGCGAGAGAAGGCCGUCCAGAGACUAGAGACCUUCUGGCAACAGCACGAGCCCUUGCUACGCAGUGCCCCAAAGGAGUCUAAACUCCAUGACAUAGCCCGGCUUGCAUACACCGUCAAGAGCAAGAUUAUACCGGAGGACAUGGAGGACAAUGAACUCAGGACCGAGUUUGGCACAGCUUUGUUUGAGGACAUCGCCUGCAUGAUGUACGACUUGCUGGACUCCAAGCGACAGUUCCUUAACUACCUGGACAACAUGAAGCUGAUCCAGAUUCCCUCGGCCUCCAAACCAGCCAUGCCACCAGCCAUGUCGGAAGUCCACUCUGGGGCCUCGCUGACCACAUCAGGGGCAGGAGCCCUGACCGCGGGGGCACCGACAGACCUACAGGGGCUAGGGGGACUGGAGCAGAAACCCCCACUCCCUGAGGUGGACAUGCGAUACUACAGCGAGCUGAUGGACAGUUUGCCCCACGAGAGCGUCAGUGUGCCCAUCAUCAUGCACUGUAUGCUGGAACAGAUCACGGCCACGGAGGAAGACAAGCUGCCCCCGAGUGAGAAGGCCCAGACGCCUAGAGAUGACGGCCUGGAUCCCAGCCUGGCCGCCCACAUCGAGGGCAUGACUGCCAAGCUGCACAUGUCGGCAAAGGAGAAAGAGAAUAUAGACAACAGCUUUAACAGUCUGGCCUCCAAGACUUCCCCAUCCACUGUCAACGGAGCCAAUAACGGCACCCCUCACUUCUACCGCUACGGGGACGCCAUCGCUCGCCGUCUGCACCACCUCCGGGCCUUGAACGGCUUCAACCCUUUGGAGGCGGAGCUGGCUAUGAUGGACUACAUCCCCGUGGCCAAACUGAGGGAGUUUCCCCGCCCCUGCCCGGCUGUGCUGAAGCAGAGAGCCGCCCGCCUUCAGGAGUUGCUCCAGCACUGCGCCAGCGGAGCCGUCGACCAGGCCGAAGUGGACCACGCCUUUCGGCAAUUCGUCUUCGAGAGCCUGAAGCUGCGGGGGACUGACGCUGACGGGCUGGUCCUCAGAAGCGAGACCGAGGACAGCAAGGUCAUAUGGGACGACCCCUACCCUCUGUUUGUCAGCAAAGAGGACGACAGCACCAGGCAGGGCCAGACAAUUGAGAUCCCAAUUCCCCUUGCAGUAAUUGAUGCUAACCAGCUGCCAUCAGACAAGCCCUGUUCCAAACCGGGUUCGGCCAAGAGCACGCAGAGCGAUCAGACGUCCGGAGGCAUCUUGAAGAAUGAGCCCGCCGCUUCCAAAUCGCGCCAGGGGUCCGCCUCCAGCGCCAAGUCUGCCAGGAGUACAGUCCACUUUGAGAAAGACGCCUCAGGCAAACCAGUCCUGCCGGCUGCCAAGGAAGCCCAGCCUGCCUCCUCCUCCCAGCCCACCUCGGAGAACUCCCUCUCCCUGGAGCUCCCCGGAGCUGCCAAGAGUCAGAGGUCGCGACCGGGGUCGGCCGGCAGUAUCAUCGGGGUGCAGGACAUUGGGGAGAGGCAGCAACGAAACCUGGACGAGUGGCGCUACGCCGAGUAUUUGGAGCCCAGCGUUCUCUUACAGGUCUUGCAAGAAGCUCGUGAGGUGUACCCCUACAUGGAUACCUAUUACCACAAGAGGGACCAUUCGCUCCUGGUGGUCCUGCACAAUCCCAUGGGACCUAAUCUCAUGAACCACGAACCGUGGAGUACCAAGUUGCACUCCAAUGUUGGCUUCAGGAACUACAUGGAGCACGUGGCCGAUUACGUCAAGGACUGGACGGCCGAGGAGGAAGACAAGUACCAGGCUGAGGUGCGGCGCAAGGAGCUGGAAGCCAUGAGGGCGGCGGCCGCGGCUACCCCUUCGCCGUCGGUCUCCAGGCCCUCCAGCGGCAAGAGCCGUGCCCGGUCCGGGUCACCCAAAAAGUCCCGCUCCAAGUCGCCGAAAGGCAAACGCAGUGUCAGCCCCACCCACUCGGUGGACAACCUGGACCCCAACAGUGGCAGCUUCAUGCGGCCCAACUCCAUGAAGGCCUGGAAGUUGGAGCAAGACAAGAUCCGCGAGGAGGAGGAGAAGAAACGGCUGGAGAAGGAGAAGAAGGGUCGACCCAGGUCUCGUUCCCGCUCUGGCUCACCCAAGAAAGAGGACCGAGAGAAGAAGGACGACAAGAAGGACAAGCGGGCCGUCUCCCCAUCCAAGGAGAGCGGCCGCAACAGCAAGAAAGGGACCAAAGGGGAUAAGGGUGGGGCAGGAGCCGAAGAAGAGAAGGGGGAGGAAGGGCCGACGGAGGAACCCAAGGAGCCAGAGAGGGAAUACCCGUUUGUUGGCUACGAUGUGGGCAACGAUCUGAUUCAUGCCAGCGGUUUCGUCACGACGCUGCUCCCCUGCGAUGGAGGUCAGAUACGCACGGAGAAGACUGAAUUUGUUGACGGCCCGACUUUUGUGAAGACCUCCGUCCUGAAGGACGGCCACAUGUUUGUGAUUCACAUGCUAAACCCGCGGGCAGUCAGCGAGGAUGAACUAGCACCCAAAACAAGCCCAGAGGAGGCGAUGGUCGAGAAGGCUGAGCACGAGACCCAGGAGAAGGACCAAGCCCCCGUCGCCAAGGAAACCAACCUCCUGAAGGACUUGAUGGAUGAGGACGGUGCCGAUAGCUUGGCCAGCGAGGCCCUAUCGAUCAAGUCCGGGUCGAUGAGUGGGUCACAGUAUGCCGAAUCGCGCGAUGGAGACUCGCCAACCAAGGGUGUGACCCAGCAGCAACAGGACGCUCCAUUGGACAGCACCAAGGCACCUGAACCCGCAGAAGAAAAACCUGGACCUGUCAGCAGCUUUGGCUCAUUCACGGCCACCCUCAGCGACGGCAUGGUGUUUGCCCUGAGCAACUACGGCAGCAAGGGAGUUCCUUUUGGAGCUGAAGAACCGAAGCAAGAGGUGGAGAUCUACGUGCCCCCGCCCAACAGUCCAUCUCCGCCCCCGACCAUCUCCUCCCCCAAGGGCACCAGGGCGGGGUCGGGUAAAAAGGGGAAGAAACAACAGCAGCAACAGCAGCAGCAAGAAGCGGAGAGACAGGCCCAGCUGCAGCUAGAGCAACAGCAGAAGGAGGAGGAGGAGAGAAAGAGGAGAGCGAUGGAGGAAGCCUUGAAGAAGGCCCAGGAACCGAAGGAGCCCCCCUUCCAGCAGCUCUUUGUCUCCUGCCCGGACGGUCUCCAUGUCAACUACCUCCUGGAGAAGGAUGCCGGGGUCGUGAUGGCUGAUUCUAAGUCCACAGGCCGGCUCCUGGUCCGGCAGUGCUACCCCUACAAGACCUCGGGGCGGCAGGAGUGCGAGUCGGCCCGCCAGGUGCCGGCCAUGCAGGAGAGGUCGCGGCUCAUCACCAGCGACGGUAGCGUCAUCAAGAUGAUGAAGGACGGAAAUGUGCAGGUGUUGUUUGCGGAUGGUGCUGUCAGUGUCAGCCAGGGACCCUCCUCCAGACACUCCUCCUUAAGCCGCGCCCACAGCCGAGAACCUUCCCCGCAGCGCGGCGGCAGCGCCAUCAGUACGCAGGUGUCUGACGCUGCGGUAAAAAAAGGGUCUGUCCGAGGACCGCCCAGCAAGUCUGGCACGGCAGUAGCCGGAGAGAAACCAGCUGAUGAUCUCCCAGACCCUGGUGCCACCGAAGACCCUGGUGCAAUCAGCGAGUGGGUGACCACGGCUAGGGACGGCGCCCGCAUCGGCACGCGGGCGGACGGCAGCACAUACGAGCUGAAGGCCUGCAUGAUGUACUCUGCCACCGACCCCAUGACCUACGAGGUGAUGAGCACCAGGGAGGACCGUGUGGUGAUCCUACAGCGGCCCGACGGAAGCCGCAUCAUUGACCACAACGAGGGCACACGGAUCACCACCUACUACAACCGAGUGGAGCUGGUUGAUGACUUUGACGAACAUGCUGAGACAGGUGAAGAACCAUCGCCCAGAUUUAAGCUCGUCAAACACUACAAGGUCGAGUGCCCCGGCUAUGCCACUGUUAUAUUCAACAGUGAGGAUAGUCUGGCGACCACGAUCUUUGGCAGUGGUACAGAGAUUAUAAGCAUCCCUAAUGGCUCGUACGAGGUUCUGCAUCAUGAGGGCGGCCGUGUGACCGUCAAGAGCGAGGGGACUGUUGAGUAUAUCCCGGCUGUCGCGAGAGAUCAUCGCGAAUCCAAGGCCUACACCAUGAGGCACCAGAACCCACUGGUUUUCGAGAUGCAGGAUCUUUAUGGGAAUUGCUUUGUGGUCCGCUCGACUGGGGAGACAAAGGUUGUUAGGUCUGCCAGCUGCAACGAGGAUAUGGACGAGAUGGGUGUCAACAAAGAUUACUGUCACCACCUGCCGAAGUUCUUUGUGAUCAACGAGGACGGAAGUGGGGUAGAACUGCUCCGGGGUGAGGACAUCGAGGGAUAUCUCGAGCAGGCAAGCCUUGAUCCCAACACCGCCAUCUUGACCGAUCCGCUGCCCGACCACCCCGACGUCAAUGGCAUCACUGUCAUGCGGCCCUACAUGACCGGCCUCAGCAAGGCGUGGCUGACGACCCUGGACGAGCCCAACAUCGUCCCCCCCAACCUGUGCUCCCGGGACUUUGCCAGGUUCCCGCCCCGUGAGCUCAAGCACCCUGGCCCUAAGUUUGGCACCGACGUGGGCAAGGGGCUGGCGGUCGGCUCGCGGCUCCCUGUCCUGCGCAGCCCCCCAGUGCCCGUAUGUCCCAGCAAGCUGGAGAUCCGGCAGUUCAUCGAGUACAAGCCCAUCAGCGAGGAGCUGCGGCAGAAGAUGAGGUUGGGGCUGGAGGCGUAUGCCAAGGAGAUGCAGAGUAAGGACCAGCAGUGGGCAGAGCAAGAGCUUAAGGAGCCGAGAGACGAAGCCGAGAAAGUCAAGGCGGGAGAGCUCCUGGCCAGCAUCUUGGCACAGGAUGAGCAAGAUGUGGCUGCCCCGAUGGACUCGGCAGCAGACAAUGCUCCUCAGCAAGUAUCGAAGAGUGUCAUAUCGACGACCAAGCCCCGAGCUGUGACCAGCGGCGAAGAGGCAAAGGCGCUGUACGAGAAGGCGACCGCCCCGGCUCCCCAACGCCCACUGCCCAAGCCCAAGAACAAGUACACACAGGAGGACUGGGACAGGGUCAAGAGAGAACUUGCUGAGGAGCUAACCCUGCGCAAGGCCCUGCGUAACCACGAGGUGCCGCCCUACUUCCAGAGCGCCGGGGGAGAGAGCUUCCUCCUGAGCCAGGCCGCGUCUGCCGGGGCCGGCAGCAAGGCUCCGGACAUGGAGGUGCUGACAAAGGACCUGGCCCAAGCCACCAGACAGGGGGAAGGAGGGACUCAGCCGCCGCGGACCGCAUUCAGUCUGCCCAGCACGCCGUCCGAGUCACCAGCCAGUCAACAGCAAGCUGGUCCAGAUUCGUCUAGACAGAGUGAUCCAUCGGAAAGCACAUCCCCUCGGAAACAACCCUCGCCUUCCAACCCAACCAUCAGCGUUCCUAUAUCGUCCUCUAGUCCAGCCGACGUCCGCCCGACCAAUCCAACCCCUGCUCAUGCCGGGGGUCAGGGAACACCCACCCCUCUGCGUCCCAACAACCCGACGCCGGCCCACGCCUCACAGCAACAAGAGCCUACAGCAAGGCCAGGUAAUCCUACCCCAGGAGGCAACACCGACAACGCCAACAACCAGAAUGCAGUGCUUCCCAGCGAGACGCCCUCAAGCUACGCGUCGUUCCCCAACCACCCAUCCACCAUUCCCGAGCACGCCGACGAAGGCGCCUACACGGACCGCUCAGGCUACACUGACGGGAACAGUGUCAGUGGCAACAACCAGGACGAGGGCCGGCAUUCCUCCAGCCAGCCUGACGGCAAUGGGACGGGGAUGGAAGGCGAUGCUGGCAUCCCGUCGGCCAACAGUGACCUGGUGCUGACCAAGAGCUUGCUGGUAGAUGUCAACGGGGAACCCAGGAAGGAGAGCGUACGGCUGCCAGCGGCCAUCUUGGGACAGAAGCCUGGCAUGGUGCCCAAUGAACACUUCCAGGUUCUGGAAGACCCCGUCCGGCGCAAGGUCAACACCUCCUCCAUCGCCGGGGCGGAGGCCAAGGGCAUUGCCCCUCUCUCCAAGAUGCGGGGGUUUGAGCUGGUGCCGGGCGAGGUGCACUUUGGCACGCUGCGGGAGGGCUGCACCUACGCCUUCAGCGUCCACCUGAAGAACUGUGGCAUCGACACCUGCCGCUACAAGGUGAAGCAGCCCCCACCCGCGACAGGCCUUCAAGUUGUCUACACCCCGGGGCCCGUAUCAGCCGGAAUGAAGGCCGUUCUGGAGCUGCAGCUCUACGCCAUCGCAGUCGGCGUGACGGGGGACAGCGGCCAAGGUUCCAUCGGUCAUCACGUGGAGAUCAUCACCGAGAUGGAGCAGCUCUACCUACCUGUCACUGCAAAUAUCCUAACGGCCAAUGAGUACGAUGAACGGUGCCACACCCAGGGCACGCCCCGCGUCUCAGCCGGGGUCCGCCUGAUAUCGGCUCGCCCUCCGUCCCGCGAGGGAAUCAUCAGGCCCAGGAAGACGCAACAGCCAGGAACCACGCUCGAAGCCGACUCACAGCUGGUCCAGUGAUUGCGUUGUCCCACCGUCAAGACGUUCUGGUUCAUGGUUUGCCUCUGGAUAAUCUGAUGAAAUCUUAUCUGGACCAAUCUGAUGAUUGCACGGUUGCAUUCCAGUCAUGCCACUUCCUCUUGCGUGGACAAGUGCUUUUCUGAAUAAUCCAGUGUCUUUUUCAAUCCAGGAAUGGCCUUUGACACAUCUGUUGUAACAUUACAAUGUUUAUCAUUCUGAAUUGCACAUAUACACUUUAACUUGAAAAUCUCAUGUUCCGUCAUUCUGAAUUCUCUCAAAUAUGCAUCAACUUCUGUCAACAAGGUCUUUUAUUAGACACACACAAAAAACUUAUUCAUAUGUAUAAAUAAUAAGCACUUUCAUGCUUUGGAAUACCUGUACAUUUGUUAACAUUGGCAUUAUAGAUUAAAGACCACUAGAAGUCUCUGAAGAACUAGAAAAUGUUGCCUAGGUGUGAAUUUUUGGUUGAAAAAUUCUUGUAAAAAUCAAUUAUCAAUCUCUGUAUUUUAAGGUGAAAUGUAUAUAAGUUGACAUUACCGAAUUUAUUACUGUUGAAAUUUUGUCAUCACUUAUGGUAUGGUAUGCAGUGCUAAUUCUCAUCCGUCCAACCGUAAGGGCAUUUUUAUUAAAGUGAUUUGAAUUGAGGAAAAUGAAUUCAUUAUUGAAACUACAUUCACUCUUGUUUGCCUGUGAAUAAAACUGUUCCUUGCUUUUCCCCUUCUGCA